AAACUUCAAAAAUUUCAAUGGCCGACGUCUCGUCGCCUCAACAAAACAUUUGAACACGUUGAACUUACAUAAUUGCUUAAUUAGAAGCCAUUGAGCUGCAUGCCACCGGUUUAUAUAACGUAAACCCCAAAACAGCUCUACAAAAUGUCAACAGUCGUGUCUGACUGCUUUACCAUCGGCAGUAUAGUAGCAACGCGAACAUGUUACAACCAAGAAAUAGAAGGCGAAGUUUUAGCCUUCGAUCCUCAAACGAAGAUGUUGAUAUUGAAAUGUCCAUCUUCCAGCGGUAAUCCUAAACGCCACGAUGUGAAUAUUGUUAAUUUAUCGUUAGUCAGUGACGUGCAAAUCAAGAAAGAAGUGACCGUCGUACCGGAAGCUCCCCAGAGCCUAAAUUUACACAGACUUAAUACUAGAGUACGAAAUUCUAUUGAGAAUAAGAGAAGACUAGUAUCAGCACUAUCAGCAUGUCUGGACCCCGAGGGUCAGCGGCUGUUUCUGGCCAUCGCGCGGGUCAUUGACGACGUGUCAUGGGCCGGCCAGAACAUCCGCGUCUACAACGAAGUCACCAUCUCACCGCCUUACAAGGUAGAGAACGUGGCGGGCGAGCCGGAGUCGAAGCCCUACAACUACAUCCGCAAGUUCGUGGAGCGCCACUGGAGCGACCGCGAGCGCGCGCCCGCCGCGCACCCGCACCCGCCGCACGCGCACACCGCGCCGCAAUAGUACCCCCUCCCCCCCCCCCCCUCCCCCACACCUCACUAAAUGUCUAACUGGUCGGUACUGAGCUUUUUCCAAACAAAAUAUUGAACAAUUGAUUCUCACAGAUCCUGAUCUUUUUGAGUUCUUCCAGCUCAGAAUCAUUAGCAUAAUCAAACCUGAUGUAAAAAAAAAAAAAAAAAACAUUUUUGUAUGGAAAUUGUAUUUUCCUCUACGUCACGCACUUACAAGUGAAAAAAAAGUUGACGCGAAAACGUGACGUAAUGAAACGGACAUUUUAGGACACCUUUUUAAUAGUACACCCGAAAACAUUUUCCAAAAAUAUUGCAAACCUAAUUCUUACAAAUCUGGCCUUUCCUGGACUCAUUCUAUAUCAAUAAAAAAAAUGUCCUAAAAUGUCCGUUCCAUUACGUCACGUUUUAGUGUGAAUAUUUUUUCACUUGUAUGUGCGUGACGUAUUGGAAAUUAAAAUUUCAGGAUUGAACAUGCUAGUGAUUCCGAGUUGAAAGAACCCAAAAAUAUUAAGAUCUGUAAGAAUCAGGUUUUUUUUUUUGGAAUGCGCUCUAAAAUGGAACUUGUUUUAGAAAGCUACGGAUUAUGCUACGUUUACACGCUUGGCUUCGACAAGCACAGAAAACCACAAGAGUGUAAACGGGAGCGUAGAUCAACAACACUAGACCGCCAAUCCUCUUGGCAUACGCGUAACCAAAACGCAGCUUAUUUUCGUAGUCGACAUAUCGUCGGGGAUAGUGUAAUACCGCGUAACUAACAAAUGCAGUAAGGUCCAAUUACCUUGUACAUUUUUUGAAUUUCGAACUCUUACGACUCUGUUAGUUGCGCGGUAUUGCACUAUCCCCGACGAUAUAGCGUCAUUUAGCGAAUUUAUCAGUACUGCUACUUGACACUAGAUGUCGCAAGUGUCGCGACGAACGAAAAGUCUAAUGGUCAACAAUUUUCAGCUAAUAUUAUAACCGGAAGUCAAUUUUUUUUUUGUAAUAUUAGUUGUAAAUUGUUGAGCAAUACACUUUUCACGUCACCCAUUCGAAAAAGUGGUACUUUUCUUCCGUACUAGGAUGUAUAAAAUGUUGUGCAGGACACGAUUUUAUUUUCUUUUUGAUUACAUUUUUUUAGCUUAAAUAAUAUUUUGGAACAUAAUAAUUAAUAAUAUCGUCAUAGGUGAUGUGAAAACUAGUAUGUGUCAGAUGGUAGCAAAACUAUUUCCACCUUGUGCGUUACACUCGAAUCCCUCACUACGCUCAGGAUUCUAUUUUGGAACCAUCCGCUUCGUUCAAGAUUCAGUGUACGUCUCGCCGUAUAUGUCAUUUUGAUAGUCGUGAUAUCUCGUGUCAGGUAGCGUCACUGAUAAAUCCGUCAUUUGACGCUAGAUGUCGCCUACGAAAAUAGCAGCGUUUUGGUUACGCGCUUGUCAAGUGGAUUGGCGGUCUAGUGUUAUUAGUCUAUGGCUUGGCUUGCGUGAACUUGCAACAGCUGGUCGCGAUAAGUUAGACAUUUUGAUACAUCAUUGCGUUUUCGAAACAUUAUUUGUACUACUAGACAUAUAAAUGCUCAAAAUAUACAUACAAAGCGCAGGACUCGAAUGGCGCAAAUAAUGUUUCUAGAACGGAAUGUUGCAAUGAAGAUUAUGUGUUCGGUAAACUUAAACCAUCUUUUGUUUUCUGAUCGAAUAAUUCAGGCCAUCAUACAUAGAGCACUGGGGGCCAAUUCGACACAGCAGAAUAAAUGGUGUGGCAUUGCUACCAAUAUAGCAAGCGAUUGGCAUCUCAGCUAGGCCCCUAUAAUUGUGAAACUCCAAGAAUAUGAAACUUUGAAAUCUAUAGGGACCGAACGCGUUGGAGGGUCUGCCAUCUUGUGGCCUGAAUCGGAACCAUAAACAUGUUCACGUCACGUGUUUUCUUGUGCAUAGUAGGUUCUGCCAUCUUGUGGGCUACAUCGGAACAAUAAACAUCACAUUUACGCCUCGCGCCAAAAAUCUGACGGCUCCUGUGCUGCCUCCUACAGUUCAUGCACGCUCCCUAUAGAAAAUUUAGAAUGACAUAGUGAGGCAAUGUCACCGUUGGUGUCAAAUUGGUAUGAAAAUAUGAUAAGGCGCUUAUAAUGACACCACCUCACUUUGUUCUAUUGCAGUGGAAAAUUAGCUUAGACUAAUAAACGAAUGCAUAAUUUUCUUUGUGACCGUCAUUCCAACUGUUAAAUGCAAAUGUAUUUAUUAAAUACAUAUAUAUUUAUCAUCAUAUUCUGUUACUGGUUAAAUAAGGCCUCGAAUAUUUAUUUUAGUAAGUUUUAGUGGGUACAUUUAUUUUAUCAUGGUUACAUUUUAGUAUUCAAAAUAGUUUGUAUAAAAUUUUCCAGCCCCGCAAUUUUGUACAGCUCGUGUUCCUGGUUGAUUAUGUAACUUAAUUCUGAUGCAACAAAAUGCUUAUGUAUUAAAAAAAGAGAUUUGUUACUUUGUAUUACUGGCAUUUUAUGAGAUUUCAUUAAUUUCGAUAUGCAAUGCAUUUAGGUUAAGGCCAGUCCAUACGGGAACAAUUUUCUGCUAAGCUGAUUAAAUUGUCUGAUCAAAUCAGGUGGUUUGGGUGCAUUUUUUUCUUAAAUUUACAGCCCUCUAAUAUUUCCAUAAAUUAAAAUUGGAGAUUGAAGCCAAUUUCUUUUCUGAUCAUAACGGUGGAUUUGAUCAUCCCGUCUGAAAUGGCCUUAAUAUUGAAAUAUCACUCAACUGUAAUAAAAAUUAAAUGAAAUUAAUAAAUACAUUUGUAAAUAUAAAUUAGUAUUAAAAGAAGAUAAUUUAAAUCUGA